AUGUCCGCUUCGGCCACCACGCCCAACGGUUCUUGUAACGAGCGGACCUCGGAUGAUAUUCCUCGCGGUACUGUCAAUUCGACAGCUGAUUUUUAUUAUCCUCCCGCCGAUGGCUCCCCCGCGUAUUAUUACUUCAAGACGCCACCACCAGGUGUUGCAAAAACGAAUUUCACCUGGCGAGCCCAUCCCAUCACUGUUCGCGAUAUCCGCGGCCGCGAAGACGAAUUCACAUUGGACAAUAGCGCUUUCCAGGCCAUUAGAAACGUCCCUCUGUUAGAAACUGAUCCAUCGUUCACCGACGAGCAGAACAUCAAGGAAUGCUACUAUCGUGAAGUGGAAGCCCUCGUCCUUCGUCACGUUCCAGGUGCAAAGCGCAUUGUAAUCUUCAAUCACACCGUGCGCCGCAACACCGCCAACGCCCACAGGAUGCCCAUUAACAGUAUCCACUUCGACCAGACAGACCUUGGGGCUGUAAACCGUGUCAGAAACCAUUUACCGGAUGAAGCAGAAACCCUGCUUAAAGGGAGAUACCGCAUCAUCAACGUCUGGCGACCCAUUACCGGCCCUGUGCUGGACAGGCCGCUCUUGUUUGGGCCUGGAAGUCUGAUUCGCGAAGAAGACAUUCUCGUCACCGAGAAUUACUACCCAGACUAUCUGGGGAAGGGAGCCGGGGUCAUGAUUAACGAGGGUCAGAAAUGGUAUUAUUGGUCCGGCAUGCAGACGGAUGAGGUGAUGUUAUUGAAAUGUACGGAUUCCCGAGAGGACGUGCCGGAAAGGAAGUGUCCCCAUGCAUCGUUUAAUGACCCCAGGAUGCCGAAGGGUGCGAAGCCGAGAGAAAGCAUUGAAGUGAGAUGUUUGGUUCUCGGAUAG